AUGUUUCAUGGAGUGCCACCAAAUGAACAAUUCAAUUUGGAAGUAUAUUAUGCAGGACAACUUAUUUCAUCACAAAUAUUCUCAACUUUUGAAAAUUAUUCAUCUCAUAUAUUCAGUUUUAACUAUACAUUUACAGAAAUCCCUGACAGGGCAUUCAAUUUGUACACCCAAAAAGUGGACACUGAAGAAGUGAAAAUUCCACAUACAAUGCCAUUUUGGACAAAUAAUAAAAUUUUCAAUGUCAUUCCAUUCAAAACCAAGUUUAAUUUAGCAGAUACUCUUGAAUUCAAUGUUACAUAUAUUGCACCUGCAGAAGGAAUCUUAUGGUGUUCUGCCGAAGGAUAUUAUUUAGAUUCAUUAAAUGUUAAACAGAUUUAUUCUACAGUGAAUACCACACAAACUGUUUCUAUUAGAAGUUGGACUGAUCUUCAUGGUCUAUUUUACAAAAAUGGCCUGAAGGUGAGAACUGAUAACAUUCAAUACAUUAAAUCAGGAUUAUACACUAUUACAUUUUUAAUUAAAGGCAAAGAUAAAAUAGAAGAAUUUCCAGUAGAGAUAGAAAUUGUAAAUGAGAGACCCCAGCUAACAACAGACAAAUUCGAAAUUAACACAAUUGGAAAUCAAUGCAUAAUAGAAGGUGUAGAAAUCACUUAUAAUAGACCCGACACAAAAUUAAUUCUUUAUUACCAAAUAGAAAAUAUUCUAGGUGGGGCUCCAAUUGUACUUAAAUCAGAUAUUACUUUGACAGAAAAUACUAUAAAACUAGACGACAAAUUCGCGUUCCCAAUUAACAUUUCAAAUCCUAAAAUAUCUUUAUGGUGCAAAGAAGAUGUUCGUCCUAUAGCAUCAAAGAAAUUUUCAAUUUCUCAUCAAAUUUCCGCUUCAUUAACUGAGUAUCCAACUCAAAUAGACUAUGAUAGAGAUAAAACAAUGCCUAUAAGAGGCAUUCUUAAUACAUAUGGGGUAGAGAUGAAUGUAACAAUUACAAUAUAUAUAAGUGGCUAUGGAUUCAUAAUACCGCCUGAACAAUUCUCAAAUGAAAGUGGAGAAACUGAGUUUACGUACACAAUUGAUUUAACAAAUAUACCAGUAGCAAAUGAAUGGAAAUUGUAUUUACAUGCUAAAGACAAUCAAAACAGUGAAAUAAAAUCUCAAACAGUGUAUACAAUUGAUGUAUUUAGAACAAAUGUGCAGAUUCAGAACGUUAAUAUUGUUAACAAUGCUAUCAGAGCUGGAGAAACGCUAAAUAUUAAUUUGGCAAUCACUGAUGAUGAUCCAGAUUCAUAUAACCCUUACAUUGAAUAUUAUGUAGAUAAUCAAGAACAUAAAAUAAUGAAUAUUGAAAGUGAUCAAGAUAAAUCGCAACUAUCUCUUAAUUUCCCAGUUGAUGCUUUCGUUCCAGGACUAUACAAAUUAUUCAUGUUUUAUGUAGGCUAUCAAAUUGGAAAAACCAAGCUAUAUUCAUUCGAUUUUACUAUAAUUAGUACUCCACCAACAAUUUCAAUUGAAACAGAUUAUUUACUUAAUGAAUACAGGUUCCUUACGUCCCCUACAAUUAAUAUUGAUUCCCUUGCAUACAGUCUCAAUGGAAAAAUCGAAAUUUAUGUUAUCGAAAAUGAUACACCUAGAAAAAUCCUCGAAUAUACAUCAGAUUAUACACAUCAUAAAUUUGAAUACAUCCAUAAACACCCGCUAAUUGAACAGAAAAUCAAUUUAACAUUUUAUGUAAUUAAUGAAUUUAAUGAUAAAACUUUUGCAAGCAAUUCAAUUGAAUAUAAUGUAGUUCAAAAACCAACAUUGCAAACAUAUACCAAUUCAGAUUGGUUAUUACCAAAACAAACAUUUACAAUAAUAUGGAAUAUGGAAGAUGUCUCUCCAAGUGAUGAGAUAACAUUCGAAAUUAUCUUGUUUGAUCGAACAAUUCAAUACUCUCAAAAAGCUCAUCCAAAAUCUGACUAUACAACAGAUAAUUUCACAUUUGAAGGAAAUUCAGGUGAUAACUAUGGAAGUUCUUUUUAUGAAAUCUUGGCAUAUGCACAAAAUUCAGAAAUUGAUAGAGUAUCUCAUUUGAUCACUGUUAAUGCAACUCCAAGAUUUGAGAAUGUUCAAUGCAAUACUUCUUUAGCAGCAGGAGACAAAUUAACUAUUAUUACAGAUUUUGAAUGGAAUUCAUUCAAAGAAGUCUACGCACAUGGUGAAUACGCUUUGUUAAAUGUCAAAAUUAAAGCUGAAUAUCCAGAAUUAAAUUAUAGAUUUGAUAAUUCAACACUCAACAAAAUGAAAGAAACAAUUACAAAUGGAGAAACUAUUAUUCCAUUAUAUAUGUAUUUCGACGAUAUAACUAGUGUUCAUUCAUUGACAUUGUAUCUUUGUGACAGUUAUAUAAUUUAUAAAUCUCUGACAAAGACAUUUAGAUUAUCUGAUCGAAAACUUCCAUCAAUAGAACUACUUAGUAUAUCUAAAACAUCAGAGAUACAAAUGUAUCAAGAUGAAGUUUCUAUUGAUGUAAAAGUUAAAGAUGAAAUACAAAAUGAAAAUGUUAAAGUUUUCUACAUAAUUGGAGGAUCAAAGUUCGAAAUAGGAAGUGGACAAUUAUCAAAUGGACAAAAAGAUUUCCAUUGCAUUCUAGAUCUUUUUGAUGACUCCUCUGGUCCUUAUUUAAUUCUUGCAGAGGAUAGCCAAGGAUGUGUAUCCAAUUUGAUUCCUCAAUACCUUACCUUUGAAGAAACACAUAAUGAAUAUUUGAACAUCAUUGAAUGGAAGACAAGUUUUGAUGAAGGAGAUCCAAUCACAAUUAAAUAUCAAUUAAAUAAUCUCCCAAGAAGAAAGGAAAUAACAAUUUCAUUCAUGAACCAUUCUUCAACAAACGAAAUUUACAAUACUAAGAUUACUACUGAUGAAAGUGGUAAUUCAAACGCACUUGAAUAUCAAUUUGGUGUUCUUCAAAAUAUUGAUAUCUUUGAGGUUGAUCUUAUUAUUAAGAUCCAAAGCAUUAUAUUUGAAAACAAAUUGCUAACUACAGGUAUUAAUGAUAUACCAAUUUUAACAAUUAUAACUCCACCAUCAGGAAAUUAUGGUAUGAUGUCUUGUAUUCAAUUUGAAGCAAACGUCAAAUCUAAAUAUAAAGACAUUGCAGUUCGUGUCUCAAUUGAAGGUGGGGAAACAGAUAUUGGGGGUGAGAUACAUUUAUUGGAAUAUGAUUCAAAUAGAACACUCUAUUUCCAGUUUUAUGGCGUCCCAGAAGAAACUGAUCUAACAUUUCAGUAUUACAUUCAGAAUAGAGCUGGUUCAGUAUCCCAAAAAUAUACUGCUACAAUACAUUGCGUUCCUCAUAUUGCAAAUUUGAUCAUGAUUGAAAAUUGGGAUUUCACAGAAAGUGCAUUAUCUGAUGUUGGGAUCACUAAAUUUGAAACAAUUUCCACAGUGUCGGCAAUGAUAUUAAAUCCUGUUGAAGGAAUGAAAUUAAAGGUAUAUUAUCAAUUGAAUAAUGAUGAACCAAUCUUUAUCAAGGAGGUUAUUUCAGAAGCAAAAAUACCCGAAGGUAUGUUUGGCCCUGGAGGAGGUUCAGGAGAAGAUCCAUAUGGUCCUGGAGGAGAUCCAGGAGAAGAUCCAUAUGGUCCUGGAGAUGAAGAAUAUCCUGAGGAAAUGUCUGAUUCUAGAAGUGCUAAUCCUUUACGAAAAAUAUCAUCUGACGAGGAGGGGUAUCCAGAUGAUAUGUCUGAAAUCUACCAAAUUGAAACAAUUCAAUUCAAUUUACCAAAUAUUGCCCAAAAAACUCUAGUUAAAAUAUUUUUCAUUGAUGAAGAAGGUAGUAGAAGCAAUACAGUCAUGAAAACAUUUAACGUAAUAAAGCAGCCAGAAUUUAGAUGCACCGCAGUCGAAGAAUGGGAUAAAUCACCUGUUGGAUUCCCAGGAGAUUUAUAUACAUUGUCAUGCCAAGCAGUUGAAUACGAAAUCGGAAAAGAAAUCCAAGUAAUAGUUACUUCAGACUAUUUAGAAACAAUGCAAAAGUCAAUUGUAAUGAAAGAAAAUUAUAAGAGCGAUGUAGCAUUGUUCGAAUUUGCAGCUCCUGAUCAACGAACAUUCGAUAUUUCUAUAUCAGCAGAAAAUAAUAAUUUGGCCAUGCAUUGCUAUGUUAAAAUGGUUCCUUUAAUUGCAUUAAAUAUUGAAGAAGAAAUGGAUUUAAGUGGAGAAGAUCGAUACAUUUUCAAGUUUAGAAUAAAUUCUGUAGAACAUUAUAAUGUAGAAUGCAAUUUUAGAGAAGUAUUACAGAGGAAAGAAGAAUUUACUAUAUCAUCUGUAGAUAUUGAAUUUGUUUAUCCAUUUGAAGAUUUCGAAGAACAUUCUGGAGAGUUCUCAAUAAGUGUAACUUUAUUUGAUUUAGAAUCCGAAUUUAGAUACAACUUUGAAAAAUCAAUAAAGUUUAUUAUUGAGGAACCGGAACCAGUUGAUCCAACACCUGAUCCUGAAAAUCCAACACCUGACCCAGAGAAUCCAACACCUGACCCAGAGAAUCCAACACAAAAUCCAGAAGAACCAACACAAAAUCCAGAAGAACCAACACAAAAUCCAGAAGAACCAACACAAAAUCCAGAAGAACCAACACAAAAUCCAGAAGAACCAACACAAAAUCCAGAAGAACCAACACAAAAUCCAGAAGAACCAACAAAAGAACCUGUUCAUCCAACUGUGGAACCUCUCAAACCUUCUUCAACAUCUAAUGUUCCAUCAAAUGAUGACUCAGAAGAUCCAUCCAAUAAUAUUGAAAACUCAGCUUCCCUAUUUCGCAAAGUAUUGAUUUGGCCUUUGAUAAUAUUAGUAAUAAUCGGAUGUGCAAUUGCAGCAUUUUUUGUUUUUAAGUAUCUCAAAUCAAAACGUGAUACACAAAAUCCUGAUAAUGUAGAUAAUGUUGACACAAUUGAGAGUUUGCCUCCUCUUGAUGAAAAAAGUAUCAAUUUUGAAAGUGAAGACGAAUCAACUAAAUCAAGUGGAAAUAUUGAUGAACAAGCUCCACAAGGUGAUAUAUGGAUUUAA